CGCUACCGGGCGGCUAUGAACUUCAAUCUCAAUUGAAUUUUGAUAAGGUUUUUCCAGUGAAACCAAUUGUUUUUCAUCAUUGUCAAUACAAAUUUACAAAAAUAUACAAAAAAACAUGGAAGAUGUCUCAGUGUCAAAGGGAGUAUUUGUUCAUGCCAAACGCAAAAUUGGCCAAAGGAAAGCAAAAUCAAAGAUGGCACAUAAAGAUGAAGCAUGGUACAAAACGUUUAAAGAAACUUGGACAGCUAUUGAGAAAGCUGCACAUGAAAUGAAUAGCGAUACAUUUAGACAAAUUUUAUCUGACAUGGAAAGUUUUAUAACAAGAAUUAAGAAUUUGCCUCUAUUAGCAGAUGAGAUAUCAACAGGAAUUCUCUUAGCUGGUGUCAACCUUCCAGAUCAUAAUUUACUCUUGCAAAUUCUAGUCUCUAGAUUGAAACCUGUGACUCCUUAUAUUGCAAUAAUUUGGUCAAGAGAUUCUAAUACUUUAAAAAAUUUAAUGGAAGAAAUGAUAUAUCAAAUAGUCAAUUCAUUAAAAGAUGACUAUUCAGAUGAGUUGCCAGAAGUGAAAAGAAAUAAUUGCAAUUUUUGUACAUUACAAGCUUGGCACAAAGAGAAUAAUAGUGGAUAUAAUCCAAUAGUCAUUAUUAUUCCAGAUUUUGAAAGUUUCUUACCUAAAAUUUUGCAUGAUUUUAUAUUGAUUCUAAGUUCAUAUGUAAAAAAAAUAAAAUUUGUACUGAUUUUUGGUGUAGCUACAACAUUGCACAUUGUUCAUCGUUCUCUUUCGUAUGAUGCUACAUCUAAGCUAAAGAUACAAGUAUUUCAUACUCAAAAGCAAAUCCAGAGUUUGGCUAAUUUAUUAGAUAAUAUAGUUCUAUCUCCAGAAGCUCCAUUUAAAUUAACAGGUCGAGCAUUCAAGUUUCUUGUAGACAUUUUUUUAUUUUAUGACUUCUCAGUAAAUGGAUUUUUACAGAGCUUUAAACUUUGUAUGUGGAGACACUUUUACAAUAAAAAUGAAAAGAAGCUUUGUUGUCCUAAGGAAAAAGUAGAGAGUCGUAUAAAAGAACUAACAAGAGAAGAUCUAAGGCAUAUAAGGAAUUUGCCAUCCAUUCAAAAGUAUCUUCCUUCAAUUCACAAAAAUUCUAUUGCUGAUCAUGAAUUUAAAACUAUUUUAAUAGAUUUAGCAGACAAAUUUUAUGAAUACAAUAACAAUUUUUUUAUAGUAUUAAAGUGCUUGCAUAAAUUAACAAUCAAUAUGGUGCAUUACCCUUUUGGAAAACUUUUCAGAGAAAUUUAUGCUGAAGCAGUUGGUCAUACUAAUAUUUUUGACACUCAGAAAUAUAAAGAUGCUAUUAAGUCGAUACAUUUUUUUUCUAAAGAUGAUCUUAUAAAUAAUAUAAAGUCUAUGUUGUCAGAAUUAAAUAAUCAUGAAAGACAACUUGAUGAUGUCGUCAAAAAAUUAGAAUAUUACAUGGAUGUAAUAAAAGAGGCAAAGUUAGAUGUAGUAUUUGUUGAAGAAGAAAAAGAUGAAGUUGUAAGCGGUAAAAUUAUGAGCCGUUCAGAAUGGCAGAAGGCAUUGAAAUUGAAAUCAGAAAAGACUUACACCUCACCUUAUAAAGAAGCUCAAACAAAAUUUAUUGAAUAUUUGGAUAAAGAGGUAUUUACAAAAUACUUGAAAAAUCCUUUAUAUGUACCAUUGAAUGAAAUAUUUUGUUACAAUGAUAUAAGUAACGUCAAGGAAUUUAUAAGAGGUUCAAUGAAAGCAAAUAUAGACAUCAGUUUAAAUGAUCCAGGCUACAUAUUUAGGUGUGAUUGCUGUAGUUCAUCAGAUUGCAUUAGAACAAAUCCAGAUAUUUGUAUAGUUUAUAAAUUACAUUUGGAAUGUGGAAAAAUGAUCAACUUGUACGACUGGUUGCAGUCUUAUCUAACAAUCGUUGAUCCAGAUCACUACGAGGACGAUGUUGAUCCUGUAUUGCAAGCUCGCUUCACACGUGCUGUUGCUGAACUUCAAUUUUUAGGAUUCAUCAAAGCUACACGAAAGAAAACCGAUCACGUCAAACGAUUAACGUAACUGCGCGCUUGUCUAAUUGCGUCAUUGAUUAAUAAUUAUAUAUGUACAUUAUAUGUACGUAUAUACCUCGAUAUCGGCGAUAGUCGUUAUCACUGUAAUGUAUAUAGGUAUUAUAAGUUGGUUCGACAGCUUGCUUGGAAAUCGUUUAAAUGAUCACAGCCUGUUUUGAUCUGAAAAACAGGUCAAUUAUCAAAUAAAUUUGGUGA